GCCCGCUGCUCCUCCUCCGCAUCCCGAGGCCGUGCCAUGCGGUGAGCGCCCGGCCCGACCCACCCGGCCUGACCCGACCCGACCCGACCGGACGCCCGGACCCGCCGACACCCCCCGCCCGGACACUGACACCCCGGGACCCGCCGCUGCUCAAGAUGCCCAGAGGCGGCGCCCUCCUGCUCGGCUCUCUGCUCCUCGCCGCCCUGUCGGCCACCCUCGGGUCCCCGGUGAAGGAGAAGAGGGGCUGGACCCUGAACAGCGCUGGCUACCUUCUGGGGCCACAUGCCGUCGACAACCACAGGUCGUUCCAUGACAAGCACAGCCUUGCUGGCAAGCGGGACCUGCGGCCUGAAGACGGCGCGGGGGCAGGCGACUUUGACCGGCCGCUGCCCGUGAAUGAUGAUAUUGUGCGCAAGAUAAUGGAGUUUCUGACUUUCUUGCAUCUCAAAGAGGCCGGGGCCCUGGUGCCCAUGCUCCCCUCGGCCGCGUCCUGGGAGGACUCAGAGCUGCCAGCCCCGAGGGAGCCGGGCCGGGCCCUCCCGUCCCAGGACGUCGGGCUCUGAGACGAUGGGUGAGCUUGUGGCAGCUCCCCGAGAAAACCAGCCUCCUCCCUUUGAAGCUGUGCUGUUGUAAUUUAAGAUUCCCCGUGGUAAUCAUUCCAGUGGCAAAAUAAAAACCAGCAAGUGUU